AUGAAGCCCGGCGCCGACUCCCUCCUCCUUCUCGCCCUCAUGUUCCCGGUCAUGGUGGCUGCACGCGCCCUGCCGUACUUCAACCCGCAGCUGACGGCGUCAUGGACGAGCCAGCAAAACGGCCCGACUGUCCCCUCCAGCUUCAUCAGCCUCUCCAUCGAGUGGGCCGACGUCGUCCUGGCCUUUGGCAAGGGCAACGGCUCGUUUGCCUGCUGCAACCCAACCAUGAUCCAGCUGCUCAAGAACCUCAAUGGUGAUCUGCACGGCAGCGACGGCCCCAUCAUCCGCAUCGGCGGAAACUCGGCCAGCAGGAUGUGGUGGUCUGGCGCCACCGUCACGGCAUUUUCUCGGCCGCAGACCCAGUCUUCGGCUGUGUCGACCGGCAGUGUGAAACUGCUUGGCGAACUGGCCGCCAGCACGGGCAUCCGCCUGAUCCUGGAUGUCACCGAGGUCCCUGCAAACCCCAUCUUCUCCCAAGACUUUGUCCAACAUGGAAUCCUGCCCAACAUCGAUCCGCAGUACAUUGUGGCCAUCGAGGUCGGCAAUGAGCCUGAUCACUAUCUUCUCCGCUCUGCUCCGUACACCUGGGACAACUAUACGGCCGAGAUCAAAAACUACGACACCGCCCUCGAGUAUGCGCUGGCGUCGACCAGCAUCCCGCUCCAGGGGCCCUCGAUCACCGGCUGCGACUACCAGAAACUGCCCUGCUGGCUCGACAAGCUGCCCCAGUUCGCCUCCGACUUUCCCGACUUUAGAUACAUCUCGUUUCACAGAUAUGGCCAGCUCGGCCAGUGCUCGUUCCUCACUGGGCCCACCAACACCACGAUAGCCAGUCUCCUGAAUGACCCCCAGCCCGGCGAUCUUGACUUUAUUCAACCGGCCUUUGUCCAGCAGCUCCGCCAGCAGAACCGCGAGCUGGUGCUUGGAGAGGGCUCCAGUGUCUCCUGCGGCGGCCUCACGGGCAUCUCGGACACCUUUGCUGCCACCCUCUGGGCAGCCAAUAUGAUGUUUGAGCUCGCCUUCCGGGGUGUCUCGCGCUUCCACCUGCACGGUGUCAGUACGCAGUACACGCCGUUCAAGAUCGAUCCAGCUACCGGCAAUGUCCAGGCCGGGUCGAUCUAUUACGCGGCAGCGCUCUUCAACCGGCUCCACGGCGGUGCUGCCAACGUCAGCAUCUUCAAACCCGAGAUUGAAACCAGCAACGUUGACUUUGGCGUCAACCCCAAUUUGAUCAAGCUCUGGGGCAUCAAGGACGACACCGACGGCACCGUCAAGUACAUUGUUGUUCACAAGGAUCUCAACACCAUGGUCGAUGUCGGCGUCGUUAUCAAGGCCGGUCGGUGCACAUCUUACAAUGGCAUCGUCACCCGCCUUGCCUCGUUCAAGAACGGCAUCGCUCUCCAGAGCGGAUUCUCCCUUAACGGCCAGGUUCUUGAAAACGGACCCAACGACUUGACCACCGACGGGAACUGGAAGGGCGAACCUCAGUGGGAAGACGUCUGGUCGGACUCGAACGGCACCUUUGUCCUCACAGCCAACCCACUGUCGGUGACCGUCCUCACCAUCGGCAUCGACCCCACAUGUUUCAGCCACUGAGGAGACGGGCCAGCGUCUCUGUGAAUGUUUAAAAUGCAUAUGACGGGCCCACCCCUUUACACAUCCGUAUGUUUUACAUACCCGAUAACUGUAUUUUUGAUCUCCGGUACUCCGAUCAGCCUCCUUUGGAUUUUUCGAAACGAAACACUUCCUUCGACUUUUCCGAAACAAAACGCUUUUCCCCCCCCCCCGCCGCUCGUUUGCUACUCUUGCUGUGCUCUGAAG